AUGACGCUGGAGCUCUUGGAGGUAGAGAAUUUUCUCAGCCACGCUCAGGAGAAAUCGUACACUUGCAUGGUUUGUGGGGACAGUUUUAAGCACAAGGGCAUCCUGGUGGCCCACCAGAAAUACCAUAAGGAGGAGAUAGAGGCUGAAGGCUGUGAGAAGGAGGGCAACUCUGACCAGGCAGGAGAGCUGCAUGACCAAGAAGCCAUCAGAGCUGGACGGGAGGCCAGUGGGGAAAGCCAUAGCAAGCACAGCACACAGAGUGAUCCUGAGAGAAGGGAGAAGCCCCAUGCCUGCACCGAGUGCAGAAGGAGCUUCAGGAUGAAGGCGGAUCUCACCAAGCACCUCCAGACUCACAUGGGUGAGAGACCAUUCCCCUGUACUAACUGUGGCAAGAGGUUCAUCACCAAAUCACAACUCAAGGAGCACCAGAGGACCCACACGUGUGAGCGGACGUACAAGUGCCUGGACUGUGGAAAAAACUUCACCCAGAAGUCCCAGCUCAUUGUGCACCACUGGAUCCACACGGGUGAGAAGCCCUACCAGUGCCACAACUGUCAGAAGAGCUUCGUGGACAAGUUACAGCUGGUGGCCCACCACUGGAUCCACACGGGUGACCGUCCUUUCAAGUGUGGGGUGUGUAGCCGUGGCUGCCACCAGAAGAUCACUCUCGUCAAGCACCAGCAGGUCCACAGCACCAAGGGGGCCCAGCGGGACAUUGCCAGGGCCACAGUGGCUGAAUACACUCUGGCGAGGGAGAAGAUCUUCCACUCCAGUGCCUGUGGGAAGGAGUUCAAGAAGAAGUCAGUUCUGGUGACCCACCAGAGGAUUCACACGGGGGAGGAGCCCUACCCCUGCCCCACAUGUGGGCGGUGGUUCCGGCAGAAGAUCCACCUCGCCCGGCAUCAGCGGACCCAUGAGCAGCCUGAUGCCCACAUCUGCGGAGCCUGUGGCCGAAAGGUCGGCCUCAUGGCCCACCACCAUGUCCGCAUGCGGGAGAAGGAGACCCCCAGUGCCCCAGGGGGUGGGCAGCCCCCCACUACCCUUGGUGGUACCCACACCCGUGGACAGUGUGGGAAGUUGUUCACCAAGAAGGGCAACCUGGUCAACCACCAGCAGGCUCAUGCUGAGGGCCGGGGUCACCACUGUGGGGUUUGUGGCAAGGGCUUCGCCAAAUGGGGGGAGCUGACCAAGCAUGAGCGGACCCACACCGGGAAGAAGCUCUAUGGGUACGGGCAGUGUGGGAAGCGCUUCGCCCAGCGCACCCAGCUGGUCACCCACCAGCCCAUCAACACCAGUGAACGGCCCUACCCCUGCAGUGACUGUGACAAGCGCUUCAGUGACAAGUCACGCCUCACCAUCCACUGGCAUAUCCACACCGGUGACCGACCCUUCCCCUGCCGUGAGUGUGGGAAGGGCUUUACCCAGAAGGCCCAGCUGGUAGUCCACCACUGCAUCCACACCGGGGAGUGCCCCUUCCUCCGCACCGACUGCUCCAAAGCCUUCAUUGACAAGUCCUGCCUCAUCGUCCACUGCCGUACCCACACUGGUGAGCACCCCUUCCCCUGUGCUGCCUGUGGCCGUGCCUUCACCCAGAAGGUCGCCCUCACCACCCACCACCAGGUCCACAUGCAGGAGCACCAGCUACCUCCAGCCCUCAUUCCCCUUGGUCCUUGGGGUGAGGAGCAGCCCUUCACCUGUGCCAUCAGUGGAAGAGGUUUCCACAAGGAGAUCGCCCUCAUCUCUCACUGGCAUGUCCACACCAAGUAUGAGCCCAACCGCUGCAGCAAGUGUGGGCAGGUCUUCCCUGACAGGGCCCACUUCUGGCUCCACCAGCCCUCCCGUGCUGAGGACCGGCCAUUCAAGUGUGCCAUGUGUGGGAAGGACUUCAAGAGGAAGGAGAUCUUGAUUAUCCACCAGCGGGUCCACACAGGAGAGGUGCCCUUCCAGUGUAGCAAAAACUUCUCAUAG